CGACAUUCUUCACCCGCAACAACAAGCAAGCAAAGCAACAACAUGCGGCUCACAUCAGCGGCGGCAGUUGUAGUGGUGGCAGUGGCCUGCUGCUGCGUGUCGACGACACACGCUGACAUCACGGAGGAAUACAAGCGCGCUGCGCUUGCCUUUCAACAAGGUCGCCUGGGCGAAGCUGAAGCCAUCUUCGAACAGCUCUCGCAACUGUUUCCGGACGUGUCGGCACCAUUUGUCAACCUUGCUGUCGUCAACGAGAAGAAGGGCAACGUGCUGAAGGCCUAUCGGCUCUUUGUGCAAGCGCGCAACAACUUCCCUGAUGAUUAUGAAGUGGCCAUUUCCACUUGCCGCUUUGGCGCCAACCUGCUCAACACGAAGUUGGCUGUGAGCCCCAAAAUGGACUCUGACGUGUUCUUGGAGGCAUGCAAAGACGCAGAAAGGCUUCGGCCCAACGAGCUCGAGGCAACCAGCAUGCUCGGCAACAUUUACGUUCUACUCAUGCGCUUCCAUGAGGCCAUCCCCAUCCUCAUGCGAGCGGAAAAGAUUGCACGCAACGACGAGGCCUCACACGUUCAAGUGCUGACGAACAUUGCACUUGCGAAUCUUCGUGGUGGGAUUGUGUCUGGCGCCGUUGACGCCGUGGAAACGCUUCUCACGCGAUACGGCCAUCUCCCAGGCAUCUCCUCCACAGCCGGUGGCGUGCGAAGCAUUCUUCUUCCUUACGAUGAAGAGUCGGUUCGUCUGCUCACCACGUCGCUUGUCGAGUUUGCGUCGACAGUGGACGUGUCUGAUGAGACGUGCCAGAAGGGACGCUGGUCCAUGGAUAUGGACUGGACAAAGGGGAAGAAGCAUGUCAAGAAGACGCUCCUGAACCGAGACACCGCCGGCAGCAAGUAUUCGUCAUCAGAGGAGGCACAUCUCGUGGGCAGCGCCCGCAACGAACUCAAGCCGUACUACACAUCGUACCUGGAGAGGUCCAUCUACUUCCUCGCCAUCUCCAAGGCUGUCCUGUGGAAGAGUGGGGCGCAGCUCUCCACGCCGUGUGUCUUCCACACCGCUGCACAGCUCUGGAAUGCAGAGUUUACCCAGGCCGUCUCCGACGCACAGUACAUUCAAACCAAGCACAUCAAGCACCGCGUGGCUUCAACCCUUCCACUCAAGAACAUGCGCAACUACUACCACUGGAUGCUUGAGGGCAUGGUGCGUUUGGUGUACAUUCAAGAACUUGUUUUGGACAAGCCUAGCUUUGACGACGUGAAGAUUCUUGUGCCGGACACGCACACCGCACACGUUGCACAGUCCCUUGAGCUGCUGCACAUCCCCAAGAACCGCAUCUUGUCUUAUUCUGCCACGGACAGUCAGCGCUGGGUCUUUGAUCAAGACUUUCUCCUCAUCGACUGGAUGCAACCAAAGGUUGAUUCAAUUGGCUCGCUGUCCAAGGACGUGUGGUCUCCGUUUUAUCCGCCGCGCGAGGGCAUCUUGAAACUCCGCGAACGUCUUCGUGGCGCUCUGAUGGAGUUUGAUCCAGACUACGACCAGAAGUCGUCGGGCGUUGUGUUCAUCUCGCGCGACAAAACAAAAGCUGUCCGCUCCAUCACAAACCAGGACAAGCUCAUUGCUGCGCUUGCGGAAGCGUUUGGGGCGGAUCGCGUCACCAUCCACCACGGGACAGAGCCGCUGCACGAGCAGCUGGCCAUGUUUGCAACGGCAGACUUGAUCCUCGGCUCACACGGCGCAGGCCUGAGCAACGUGGUGGUGGCCAAGCCAAACACGCCCGUUGUCUUCUUCCCGCUCAAGCCGCACGUUGACCGCACGUUUGGGCACCUCUGCACCGCCCUCAACCUCCCGCAGUGGGUGUUGUCAGACGUGUCCUCGUACUACUACGGCAACUUUGGCGACCUGUCCACUUUGCAGAUCAAGGCCAUCGUGCGCACUGCCAAGAAGGCGUACGCACAUGUACACGAGACUGAGCGCACCGGUGCUGCUGGCGAUGAUGAUGAUGAUGAUGAUGGCAAUGACGGCGACGCGUUGAACGUUGAUGACUUUGCUGCGGAUGAGAGCUCGGCCGCACUGAACGAGCACGCGUCCUCACCAAGCGCACCAGCUUCUUCAUCGGCCACGACCAAGAAGAAGAGGAGGAAGAGACAGGACAGCGACGAGGCGAAGACGGCCACGAAAGCGCGCCGCUCGCGUCGCCAGCGCCGCAGGAGGAAGGCAGCGCCCACACGCACGGAGCUGUAGUGCAGUGUUGAGUUCAGCAUGACCCGCGCCCGUGUUGUUUUUGCAUUUGCACGCACAUGCUUGCUUGUAGGCAACUUUUCAGCCACCUCCAGUUCGACCUUGUUCCCCCUCGUGACUUUUUCAUCACGCAACACUUCAACACCACCACCGUCAACACACAACACUUCCACCAACACCACCACCACCACCACAACCCCACCUUUUCAAUUCCUCUCUCAUCAGCUCCACUUGCGUUUUGGUCCUCGAUUUUCUUCUGGACAUGCAUGCAUGCAUGCGAUGCGAGUUGUGUUCGUCUUGCUGACUUUUGCAUGAUGAUGUUGAUGGAAAGAGAAACCAAAACCAAUUCAAAUCCUUCACACGCA